CAGAUCGUGAAGGAAUCGCAGCAGCAGCACGGGCUGAGGCAUGGGGACUUCCAGAGGUACAGGGGCUAUUGCUCCCGCAGGCUCAGGAGGCUCCGGAAAACUCUCAACUUCAAGAUGGGCAACAGGCACAAGUUCACUGGGAAGAAAGUAACUGAGGAGAUUCUCUCAGACAGCAGGUAUUUGCUGCUGAUCCUGAUGGAUGCAGAGAGGGCCUGGAGCUAUGCCAUGCAACUGAAGCAGGAGGCAAACACUGAGCCCCGAAAACGGUUCCACUUGCUGUCUCGGCUGCGCAAAGCCGUGAAACACGCGGAGGAGCUGGAGAGGCUGUGUGAGAGCAACAGGGUGGAUGCCAAGACAAAGCUGGAAGCACAGGCAUACAUGGCUUACCUCACCGGGAUGCUGCGCUUCGAGCACCAGGAGUGGAAGGCAGCGAUGGAGGCCUUCAACAAGUGCAAGACCAUCUAUGAAAAACUGGCCAAUGCUUUCACAGAAGAACAAGCUGUGCUCUAUAACCAGCGCGUGGAAGAGAUCUCACCCAACAUCCGCUACUGUGCCUACAACAUUGGUGACCAGUCUGCCAUGAAUGAGUUGAUGCAGAUGAGGCUCAGGUCUGGUGGCACUGAAGGUCUUCUUGCAGAAAAACUGGAGGCACUGAUCACCCAGACUCGGGCAAAGCAGGCAGCCACGAUGAGUGAGGUGGAGUGGAGAGGGAGAACUGUUCCAGUGAAGAUAGACAAAGUGAGGAUCUUCCUGCUGGGGCUGGCAGACAACGAGGCAGCGAUCGCUCAGGCAGAAAAUGAGGAGACAAAGGAACGUUUGUUUGAGUCUCUACUCAGCGAGUGCAGAGAUGCCAUUCAGGCAGUGAGGGAAGAUCUGAAACCAGACCAGAAGCAACGAGAACACUCUCUGGAAAAUGAUUCUGGGAAGGUCUCCAACAUCCAGUACUUACACAGUUAUUUGACUUACAUCAAGCUGUCCACAGCCAUCAAGCGCAAUGAGAGCAUGGCCAAGGCCCUGCAGAAGGCUCUGCUGCAGCCACAGCGCUCGGACGAGGACGGCAAACGCACACCGCGGCCACAGGACCUCAUCCGCCUCUAUGACAUCAUCCUGCAGAACCUCGUGGAACUGACACAACUUCCUGGCCUAGAAGAGGACAAGAACUUCCAGAAAGAGAUUGGAUUGAAGACACUUGUGUACAAAGCUUACAGGUGUUUCUUCAUUGCCCAGUCCUAUGUCCUGGUGAAGAAAUGGAGUGAGGCUCUUGUGUUGUAUGAGAGAGUGCUGAAAUAUGCCCGUGAAGUUCAGUCAGGAGCUGGAGCUCAUAGGAACAGCUUGAAGGAACUGCCUGAUGUUCAGGAACUGAUCACUCAAGUCAAUGCAGAGAAAUACUCCUUGCAAGCAGCAGCUAUAUUAGAUGCAAAUGAUCCUCAUGAGACUGAGUCUCCAUCUCAGGUCAAGGAUGGCAAGCCACUCUCAGAACGGUUUGAGACUUUCUGCCUGGAUCCUUCCCUUGUCAGCAAGCAAGUCAGCCUCGUGCACUUCCCACCAGGCUUCCAGCCCAUUCCAUGCAAACCCUUGUUCUUUGACCUGGCCCUUAAUCAUGUUGCUUUCCCACCUCUGGAGGACAAGGUGGAGCAGAAGGCCAAGAGUGGCCUCACAGGAUAUAUAAAGGGCAUUUUUGGAUUCAAAAGUUAACCAGGACCCCCCAGAGGAUCAGAGGUUUUAUUCUGUAUUGAAGGAAAAGCUCCAAGAGGUUCUAGGACACAAAUACCUGCACCUGAAACCAACAGAGGGAAGUUUUAUCACCUUCUUCCCUGUGUCCUGUGUAUAUGUCUGUGCACUCACAUUCUCUCCCAGUUUAUAAAAGACAAACAGUUAUUCAGAAACAAAUGUACACUAGAAAUAGAUGAAAAUAACUUGGAGCACAGAGAUUCCAUUCUGCUUGGAGAAGUUUUGUGACCAGUGGCCCAUUCAGGGCCUGUACAUACCUACUUACCAUGGACCAGGGCAUAGAUAUAAUUUGAUUCCUCCCUCUGCCCCAUAAUUUGACA